UAGAUAUUGUAACUGAGACAAAAAGUAAGCUAAAAGCACCACACUGUACCCUAUCGCUCAUUCAAACCCACCAUUAGCUUAGUUGUCUCUCAAAGUCUCAAAGAUCAAAUGAAGGCAAAUGUCCAUGGACAUAAAGAAACCAGAACCCGAACCGGAAUUAAGAUCUUGUUGACGUCACUAUCGGCUAUGGUGGCGGAAACUUCCACCUUUCCCAUAGACUUAACCAAGACAAGGCUCCAGCUUCACGGCGAGUCUCAACCUCUCUCCUCCUCCACGCGCCGUCCCACCAAUUCGUUCCGUGUCGCCGCCGGUAUCGUCCGUGACCAAGGCGUUUCAGGGCUGUAUAAAGGUCUCUCCCCGGCUAUUAGUAGGCAUCUGUUCUACACUCCCAUUCGGAUCGUCGGUUACGAGAAUUUAAGGAAUUUGGUGAGCGCCGAUGGCUCUCUUUCUCUGUCUUCUAAAGCGCUUGUAGGUGGCAUUUCCGGCGCUAUUGCUCAGUUUGUGGCAAGUCCAGCUGAUCUUGUUAAGGUGAGGAUGCAAGCGGAUGGCCGUUUGAUAAACAAGGGUCUUCAACCACGAUACAAAGGACUCUUUGAUGCUUUUAACAAAAUUGUAGCCAUGGAAGGUCUUGGAGGUCUUUGGAAAGGGGUUUUGCCAAAUGUUCAGAGGGCGUUCUUAGUGAACAUGGGUGAACUAGCCUGUUAUGAUCAUGCAAAACGUUUUGUUAUAAAUAAUCAGAUAUCUGAUGAUAACAUCUAUGCACACACAUUGGCAUCGAUCAUGUCAGGUCUCUCUGCUACAAUGCUGAGUUGUCCGGCUGAUGUUGUGAAGACAAGAAUGAUGAAUCAAGCGGCUAGUAAGGAAGGGAAUGUUAUGUACAAGAGCUCAUAUGAUUGUUUGGUGAAGACGGUGAAAAUCGAAGGUUUAACAGCAUUGUGGAAAGGUUUCUUUCCUACAUGGGCAAGGCUUGGUCCUUGGCAAUUCUUUUUCUGGGUAUCUUACGAGAAGUUCCGACAAAUUUCGGGGCUUUCUUCCUUCUGACUAAUGGACCUGAUCAGGCUUCAGAUGCCAACAUACUUACGGGAUAGUUUCAGAUGUUAUUACCGGUUUCUUGUUCCAAGGGGCAAUAACUUGAAUACCAGCAUUGGGCAGAAGAUGUUCUGCUUUGAUGGUCUGCUUCCUAUGUAGUGUUUUUUUAUGGCAUUUUUCCCAUAUAAGGUUAACCUUGUUGUGAUUUGCAGUCCCUUGGCGGUAAAUGCGAGAUCGGUUGUGCUUCUUGUGCAUGUUGUGGCCUGUUCAAGUUUGUAAGUACGGUAUGUAGGACGAAUAAAAAAUGGUAUUUUCGAUGAAUUGAUUCAAAACUUUACAUGAAACUAUAAGAUCAUAUAAGAAAAAAACUAAUUUUACAUCU